AUGGCGGUGUGCUCUGGGCUGGCCCUCGUCGGGAGGCUGCUCUGCCCCUCGGCCUUCGCGACAGGCGACGCCAAGGCAGGGACGGAACCCCUGACCCUCAGGACCGCCCUGCGCCUCGGCGUGCCCGUUGCCGCCAUGCAGGCCGUGGGGAUGGCCGCUGGAAACGUUGCCUACAUGCUGCUCUCGGUCAGUUUUGUGCAGAUGGUGAAGGCGUGGACGUCCGCGUGCGUCUACCUUGUGGGCUGCACGAUGGGGGUGCACACCUGGUCGGUGGCCGUUGCAAAAACCAUCGCGGUCAUCACCCUGGGCCUCACGCUCGCGAGUCUCGGGGAGUUGAACUUCAACUUGCUCGGCUUCUUCGCCCAGGUAGUGUCCCUCGCAGCCGAGGGCUUCCGCAUAAACCUCCUCGAGACGCGGUUGAAGUCCAACGGCUAUAGGCUCAAUCCUUUGUCGUCCUUGAUGGUGUUCGCACCGAUCAUUAUGGUGUUUCUGAGCGUGAUGUCCUUGCUGUUCGAGCCAGAGGGGGUGUCCGUGACACAGAUAGAGAAGGUGGGCCGAGAAGCUCUCUUGGCGAACGCUCUCCUCGCAUUUUUUCUCAACAUCUCGAUAUUCGUUGUCAUACAGCGUGCCAGCGGCCUUGCCUUUGCGCUUAGCGGCGUGCUCAAAGAUGUACUUAUAAUCCUUGGCUCUGUCAUUGUGUUCGACACGACGCUGACGGGGACGCAGAUGCUCGGAUACUCGAUCGCCGUCGGCGGCCUCCAGGCCUACAGCGUCGUGACCAAGGCUCCCGAGGCCUUCGAGGCUGGCGUCGUCCCAGAGCUGUGGAGGCGCCUGCGCGCGCUGGGCACGCUGGCGCCGCCGAAGGCGGCGUCAGCCGCGGGCAGCGAGGAGCAGGCGGCGGAGCUGCUGUGGCAAAUGAAGCAGCAGGUCGCAAGGGUAGCCGACAUCGUGAGGGUGGUGCAGACGCACAUCAUAAUGGGCGUGGCGCCGUUCCAGAGAGAGCUUGCUGGCUUCAGGGUGCUCCGGGACGUUGCGGAGAGGGUGGGCCUCGACGGCGACGACGACGACGCGAAGCUGCCGCGGGGCAGUCUGUUCGAGCUGUUGGGCGUGUCUGGGGAUCGCCCCAUCGUCCGCGUUGCGGGUAUCUCCCAGGCCGCCUUCGACGAUCUUGUGGAGGCCCACGGCAACGUGAAGGCGAACUAUCGCGUUUGCGACAGCAUGGCGGCGCUUCUCCCUACGCUGGAGGCGCGCGCUAAGAACAUUACAGAGGAAGGGGAGGCUGGCUCGACGAAAGCAGCCCUCAAAGAGGUCAUCGACCCCUGGCUGGAGGGCGCGAAGCCCCUCUCGGACAGCGCCCGGGUCUUGGCGUGCACCGCGAAUUACAAGAUCUUCUACAGGGUCAAGCCCCCGCCGCUGGAGGAACUCACUCAGGAGCAGCUGGUUGCCUUGGAUUCUGUCCUGCGGAGUGGACGGGUCCCCCACGCAGAUUUCGCUGUGUUUGGGCCACAAAUCAACCGUAUUAUCUUCAAGCAGGUGAAGCUCGUGGGGAAGACCUUCAACCCGGACGGCGCGUGGUCCAUGGUGGAGCUGUUCGGCCCAGAGUCUUUUGAAUCGCGGGGCAAGUCGCACGGCCUGCCCCGCUCGGGCCUCGUUCAGUUCGGGGCGGCGCCGAAGCGAGGGCCUCCCAGCAGCGCCGGUGCGCCACCACUUCCGCCCAAGAAGCCGCGUGGCAACGCGCAGGGCGAGCUGGUCCACCAGGUCCAGAACGUCAAGUUCGCGGCCAAUCGCAGCGGUGUCAAAUUCUGCCAGGCAUUCCGCACAGGCCAGUGCGGGCAGACUCGCCGGAACAACAUGUGCCCCAAUGGCACGGGAGAGGUCCGCCAGCGCGAGCACUGCCUGGGCGCCGCACCGGCCGCGGUUGAUAGUUCUGGACAGGCGUCGUUGCUCAGCCAGGAGGCGAGGGCCUCUACGGUGCCAGCGCUGGCAGAUCCGCCGUGCGGCGGCGGCCGCCAGAAGCUCGGCAUCCUUGUCGUACUCGCCGAGCCAGAGGCGCUUUGGGGCCUUUCUGGCAUAUCCGAGCACUUCUGCAAGCUGGGCGAGCAGACGGCGGUCUACGACACCGGCGGCGGCGAGACGUGCGAGCUCCUGGCGCAGAGCGUGUGGCGCGAGCUUGACGCCAGCCCUCCCCUUCGCGGCGAGGCGGCUCGGGGCAUCUACGGCUUCUGCUGUCUCCCGCCGGAGGUGGCCGAGCGCGUCCGCGUCGAGACCUGCGCCGUCCCUCUGGCUGGGCGGCUGCCGUGGCACGGGGGCUCGAUGGAGCUAGGCCUACCUGGGUGGGCAUUAGCUGGCGCCCGGGUUCCAGGUUGCCCAUCUGUCCUCAAGCUCCCAGUUUGGCAGGCGAUGGUGGACUCGCUGGCCGUCGUUGCCUCGCCUGGCGUCUGGCGCGCCGUCGGCGCCGUCGCUGAGCGCCCGGUCAGGCUCGCGCAUUGUUGCGCUGCUUUCACCGGCGCCUUGGAGGCGGCCGCUGGACCGGCAGCUGCGUGCGUUUCUUUCGCGGGGCGGUUCGUGCAUGCCGCCAGGGGGAACGGGCAGUCGGCGCCUGAAGCGGAGGCCGCGAUGGUGCGAUCUAGCCGCUUCUCCCGCAUUGAUCAGGUGUCCUUCGCGCUGCCUCUUCGUCAGCGCGUGCCCGACGCCAGAGCCGCCCGUUUGGCGCAGGAGGCCAAGUCUGUCGGCGGCGUGCGCGAACCAUUGCGCCCCCUGUGCAAGGCCCCUGGCUUCGAGAAGGUAUCGGCCGAAGUGUGGGCGUUCCUGAUCGACGCGUUCAUCAAGGACGCCUCCGUCCAUGACAACGAUGUCCGCGCAGACGCGGUCAGGGCAUGGGCUGCUCGCGCGGGCGACCCGGGCGCCGGCGUCGCAGGGUGGUUUUUCACGGGAGCUCCUGCUGGCGUCGUGAAGGCGCCGCGAGAAGACGGCGUGUUCCCCCUUGCCUCGGACAACGAGCCGCCCUGUCCGAGUGGCAAUUUGGCAUUCGAUGCUCUCGGCGAUGCCUCGGGCGGCGAGUCCGCGCAUCUGGGCGAGGAAGCUGUUGAGGAGAUCAAAUCUUACGCUUCUCGUGGGUGGCUGGCGUCGGCGACAACUUUCGAGGAGUGCUGCGAGAGGCUCGCCGGCGCCCCGGCGCUGUCCAAGUUUGUCCUCCUCGCCGAGGUGAAGGAGGGAAGGGCCAAGAGGCGCCUUGUCAUCAACCUGGAGGCUUCCAGCGUCACUGCCGCCGCGGCGAAGACUCACGGGGUGUCUCUGCCAGGCGUCAUGGGCGCUUUCGGCGUCGAAUGGCUCGUCGUUGACUUCGACGACGCUUUCUGGAACGUGCCGCUCGCUGUCGAGGAGCGCUGCUACUUCGCCGCCAAGUCGAAGCAGAUUUUGGAGGGCCUGGCAAUCUUUGCAGGCAUGCGCGUUUGGAAACAGCACUGGUGUCAAGUGCGUUACAGCUUCGCUGUCGAGAGCGACAACAUUGCUGCCCUCGCCAUGCUGUCGAAACUCCGGGACCUCUCGCACGUUCCGGGGGUCGCUGAUAUGUUGGCCGACCGGCUAAGCAGGAGGUAUCAACCAGGAUCCAAUUGGCGCGUGCCGAUUUGCUUCGACGGCGAGGUCGAAACUCCCACGGUGCUUCGGUGGAUGGGCGGGCUGCUCGCUCCGAGCAAGCGGCGUGGAGAGAUCACUCCUUCGCGGCUCCCAAUGUCGCGCCGCGGCCCGCCGCUGCUGCGCCUUGCGGCGCUGGGCCUGGCGGCCGCGUCGGGGCCGCCAGCGGGCCAGGCGCCCCGAGCGGCCGAGGCGCCUCCGCCGGCGCCGCGCCUGGUGACCGUGACUGCCAGCGGGCCGCAGGGCGUGCGCGGGACGUCCCUCGGGAUGCUCGCCACAUUCUCUGCGGAGGCGCCUCCAGGCGCGCUCCCCGUCCACGUCCACGCCGGCGACCCGCUCGGUUGCGCCGACGUCGCGGGGGACGCGAGCGGCGCGGGGCUGCUGGUCGUGAGGCGCGGCAGUUGCACGUUCGUGCGGAAGGCGCUCGUCGCGCAGCGGUCGGGCGCCGCUGGGGUUGUUAUCAUCAGCGACUCCGAAGACCUGCAGGUCAUGGGCCUCGGCAACGUCAGCGGCGAAGGCGAGGAUGUCAGCAUCUUCGCCGUCAGCGUGCGGAAGUCCUUCGGCGAUCGCAUUUCGGCGUGGGCCGAGCGGGAGGUCCAGCAGCCCCUUGACGACGCCGUGUUGCUGACGACCGCUCUGUACCAGCCCCCGAUGGUCGACCUCGCGGAGGUGGUGCUUCUGUUCUUCGCGACCUUCCUUGUCGCCGCCGGCGCGUUCUUCGCCACGGCGGACCUGCGCCUCGGGUCGCCCAUCGCGCCGCGCAAGGACGAGGUCGUCGAGGUCAACAGCGAAAUGGCGCUCUCCUUUUGCGUGAUGGGGAGCUGCAUGCUCGUUGUUCUGUAUUUCUUCAUGCGGUACCUCAUCUACGUCAUCAUCACGGCCUUCUGCUUCGGAGGUGUCGGUUCCCUUCGUCGGCCAGGUGGCCCGUUCCGAGCUGAUGGCCAUGCCGCCAGCAGGGUUGCUCGUCAUGUGCUGGUUGACCCUCCGCAACACCGAGCACGGCUGGUUCUUCCAGGACGUGAUCGGCACGGGCUUCCUGUGCUGGAUCCAGCGCUCGCUGCGCCUGCCCGACAUGAAGGUCGCGUCCAUCUUGCUCUCCGUCAUGUUCUUCUUCGACGUAUUUUGGGUGUUCAUCUCGCCGCUCUUUUUCCAGAAGAGCGUCAUGGUGUCGGUCGCCACAGGUGCGGGCACUGGCGAGUCUGUCCCCAUGCUGCUGAAGGUGCCGCCCAUAGGCGACCCGUUCGGCUCUGAGCGGAUGCUCGGCUUCGGCGACGUGGCGCUCCCAGGCCUCCUGGUCUCGUACCUGAGGCGGUGGGACGUGCUCAGCAGGCGGAGGCCCAUGGCGGGCUACUUCGUGCCCUCCCUGAUCGGGU